AGAAAACGGCCAAUGCCUUUGCUAAUGGCGACGGAGAAACUCUUAAACUCAUCUCCAAAUUUCAGAGAUCUCGCUCUCUCCAACAUAGAUUUCAGGGAGUGAGAAGUUGAGAAGAAGAGAACUUAGGAUGUGUUAUGAAAAAGAGGACAAGCAAUGGAGUUGUGGAAAGGCUGGUUUGAGUUCUAUUAUGCGGGACAUUGGAGAGCCUUGUCUUCAUCAUUCACCUAUAAAGAUGAGCAAAAUGCUUAAACCAGACAAGUGGCAUGCAACUUUUAAUAGUGAAGGAAGGGUUUUUGGUUUUCAGAAAGCACUGAAAUUGAUUAUUUUGGGGGGUGUGGAUCCAUCUAUAAGGGCUGAAGUUUGGGAAUUUCUUCUUGGUUGUUAUGCAGUUGACAGCACCGCAGAGCAUCGGAGGCAACUAAGGACAGCCAGGAGGGAACGGUACAAAGACCUUAUCAAGCAAUGCCAAUUGAUGCAUUCGAGCAUAGGAACUGGGUCCCUUGCCCAUGUGGUGGGAUCCAAAGUCAUGGAUAUAAGAACAUUGUCCAAAGAUGAUAAGAAAUGGGAAGCUGGAGCAAAAAGUCAGCAAGUUUCCAAUGAUAAUACUAACAAAAUAGACAAUUACAGUGAUUGGAAUAAUAAUUGUACAGAUACAUCAUUUGCAUGCCCAAGGGAAAGUUGUAGUGAUUCUGCUGACUUUGUCAGCAUGAGGAGAAGCGCAGAUGGCACAGCACAUAACUCUUCUAGUCUUACACCUAGUUCUGGUCCAUAUGACUGCAAUUCCCCAAAACCAGGGAGUGAAGAGCAUGGAUCACAAUACAUAACUGGAACUUAUACUGAUGUUCCCUCAUUACCCAUCAUAGAUUUAGUUGAGAAGAGUGGAGAAGAAAAAAAUGAACAUGGUGUGUUUGAUGAUAGACUAUCUACACAACAUAAAUUGAGAUUCAAAGAUGAGAAUAUGCACCGUUUUCAAAUUAAUAACAAUGCAGAUUUAGUUCAGAAGUCAAAUGGUUCAGCAUCUAACAAUAUUUCAUAUGCUAUGAACUCUGAGAUUCAAAUGGUUCACUCUGAUGCCCAUGAACCAGUAUUGCAGUCCAAUAAUCUGGGACACAAAAAGGAAAUAAACAGACUCAGAAUAUCUAAUGUACCAGAAACACCGAAGAUAAAUUCAAGUAGAUCUCAAGGAGGGGCUGUGAGUAAGGACAGAGUGUCGGAAUGGCUUUGGACACUGCAUCAAAUAGUUAUUGAUGUGGUAAGAACAGAUAGUCAUCUUGAAUUCUAUGAGGAUCCAAAAAAUUUGGCUAGGAUGUCAGACAUUCUUGCUGUUUAUGCAUGGGUUGAUCCUGCAACAGGAUACUGCCAAGGUAUGAGUGACUUGCUGUCUCCUUUUGUCAUUCUCUUUGAGGAUAAUGCUGAUGCAUUUUGGUGCUUUGAGAUGCUUCUAAGAAGAAUGUGUGAAAAUUUUCAGAUGGAAGGACCAACUGGAGUGAUGAAAAAGUUGCAAGCAUUGAAGCAUAUUUUGGAGCUCACUGACAGGGAAAUGUUUGCACACUUGUCGCGUGUAGGUUCUGAAAACCUUCUUUUUGCCUUCCGGAUGCUUCUGGUUCUCUUUCGCCGGGAGUUGUCUUUCAGUGAUGCCCUUUGUAUGUGGGAGAUGAUGUGGGCUGCUGAUUUUGAUGAAUCUGUGGCUAGCAAUGUGGGAAGCCGUCUGGCACCAUUGGUGGUACAGCUUCCCUGGGAUUCUGGUGCAGAAUCAAAAAGAGAAAGCAUGGAGAAUGGAAAUGGUCACUCCAAGGGUGGCUUACAAUCAAAACAUGGAAACACAGAAGGCUCUGAUGCUGAUGAAGUUGCAAUAAGAUCAGUAUCAGCCUAUCCUCUUUGUGGCUUGACAAAGAAUUUUUGGUCGAAGAAUGAUAACAUGCAGAUUUGUGCUGUAGUCUCUUCGACAAGGAAUGCGAAUGAUGAAUUGCCCGUUUUUUGUGUAGCUGCAAUUCUCAUUAUGAACCGUCACAAAAUCAUCAGAGAAACCCGUUCAGUUGAUGAUCUGAUAAAAAUAUUCAAUGAUAAGGUGCUGAAGAUCAAUGUAAAAAGAUGCAUACAUAUGGCCAUCAAACUUCGGAAAAAAUACUUCUACAAGCUAAAGACCAAGAACCCAGGAGCUCCUCAUGUUGAUUAGAGUUGCUCGGCUUCUAAACAUAUUUUUUCAGGUUAGCUGAACAUAUUUUUUCUCAUGUGUUAUAUUUGGACAGCCACUUAUGUAUCAACAAUUUUGAAACUUUUUUUUUU